CUCUCGUGGUGAAGAAAUUCUUCCUAACGUCUAUUCUAAAUCUGUCCCUCUCCAGUUUACACCCAUUGCACCUCAUCCUAUCACUAAAAGCUUUUGUGAACAGUCCUUCUCCAGCUUCAGGUACUGCUAGGUGGUCUCCAGGUACAGGGAGGCAUUUUGGAGCCGCGUCCCUCCUUUUCUGGGGGGGGACCCCUCCACGGCUCGCUCGCUCCGCCGCCGCAUGAUCCCCCGCCCCCUUUAUAUUCAACCCCAAGAGAAGCACAGCCCGAGAAAGACGUUCGCACGCGCGGCCCCCGCGGAAGGGGCUCGGCUGCCCUCCCGCCAGGCUCCGCUCCGCCAUGACCUCCCUCUCUGCUCCCGUGCCGGGACGGGAUCCCCAGGGUUCGCCGGGCCCUCCCGCUGCCGGGCCCGGGGUCACGGCCCGAGCGCCGCGGAACGCUCGCAGCACCUCCGCCCAGCGGCUGCGCGCUAGGACCCUGCAAACCGCCUGCCCCUGGCACGGCGGGAGCGAGCGGCGCCCCGAUGCCCUUCUCGGGGGCGCCGGGCAGCUUCCCAGGCAGCUUCCCCAGCAGCUGCUGCUGGUGUCCGGCGCCUCUGCGAGCGCUCUGCUUAUAUCUAGUGAUGCUGAUGGAGCCAUUCAAAGAGCUGGACGGUUCCGCGUGGAAAACGGCUCCUGUGGUAAGAAUUCAGACUACACUCCGGGUACAUGGCACAGAACAGAUGUGCAUUUGGAAAACCCAGACUAUCAUACAAGAUGGUAUUUCAAAUAUUUUUUAGGGAAAGUUCAUCAAAAUUAUAUAGGUACAGAUGCAGAGAAGAACCCUUUCUUUCUGUCUGUUGUAUUGUCUGACCAAAAUAAUCAGCGCAUUCCUCAAUACCAUUCAAUACUUUGGAGAAAAACAGGUACUCAGAAAAUAUGUCUCCCUUAUAGCCCCACAAAAACAUUAUCAGUGAAAUCUAUAUUAAGUGCUAUGAGUCUUGACAAAUUUGAGAAGAGCCCAAGGGAAAUAUUUCAUCCUGAGAUACAAAAGGACUUACUGGUUCUUGAAGAACAAGAGGGAUCUGUGAAUUUCAAAUUUGGAGUUCUUUAUGCUAAGGAUGGGCAGCUUACAGAUGAUGAAAUGUUCAGCAAUGAAACUGGAAGUGAAAGCUUUCAAAGAUUUUUGCAUCUCUUGGGUGACACAAUUACAUUGAAAGGCUGGACAGGCUACAGAGGAGGACUGGACACUAAAAAUGAUACAACAGGAACCUCUUCCGUCUAUACAGUUUUUCAAGGGCAUGAAAUUAUGUUCCAUGUUUCAACCAUGCUACCAUAUUCUAGAGAGAACAAGCAACAGGUAGAAAGGAAGCGACAUAUUGGAAAUGACAUUGUCACUAUCGUAUUUCAGGAAGGCGAAGAGUCUUCUCCAGCAUUCAAGCCAUCCAUGAUUCGCUCUCAUUUUACACAUAUAUUUGCCUUGGUGAGAUACAAUAAGCAGAAUGAUAGUUAUAGGCUGAAAAUAUUUUCAGAAGAAAGUGUUCCUCUCUUUGGGCCUCCCCUUCCAUCCCCACCUGUGUUUACAAAUCACCAGGAAUUCAGGGAUUUUGUGUUAGUGAAAUUAAUAAAUGGGGAAAAAGCCACCUUGGAAACCCCAACAUUUUCUCAGAAACGUCAACGCACUCUAGAUAUGCUGAUCCGCUCUUUAUACCAAGACCUGAUGCCCGAUCUACACAAGGUAAAUAAUAUGCUUAAUAGAAGGUCCUUCAGUGACGUGUUACCAGAGUCCCCAAAAUCAACACGGAAAAAAGAAGAAGCUCGGCAAGCAGAGUUUGUCCGACUUGGUCAGGCACUGAAAUUGAAAACCGCUGUGAAAGGGGAUGCCACAGCUAACUUGGCAACCACAAGCUUUUGUAGAAAGGAGCCUUGGGAAUCUCAGUCUUUCUGCAGUAAUUUUCCUCAUGAGGUUGUCUGUGCAGAUUCUUGGGGCCAGUCCUUGCUGGUUUCUACAGAUGCUGGCAUCUUGUUAAUAGAUGAUGGUCAGUCAUCAGUGCAAGUAUUUGAUAAAACUCUCCAAAUAAAGCAGAUGCAUGUGUUGGAAGCUCUGGAUCUUUUGAUUGCCCGAACAGACAAAGGGAAAGACUCUCGUCUCCUUGUCUUCAGACUCAGUGCUCUCCAAAAAGAUAUAGAAACAAAGCAAAUAAUAAGAAGCAAAUACGACUGCAGAGAAAAUAAACUGGAAAGAACAAAAGGCUGCCAUUUGUAUGCCAUUAACACUCACCAUGGCAGUGAACUGAGGAUUGUUGUGGCUAUUCGGAACAAACUACUUCUCGUCACAAAGAAGUAUAAUCCACGCAACAGUUCAACCAGCAGCUCUUCGCCACCAUCAUCAGAAUCUCCAGUAGAGGAGUUCCAGUACAUCCGGGAAAUAUGCCUUUCUGACCCUCCAGUAAUUAUGGCGCUGGUGGAUGGACCUACUGGAGACAGUGACAAUAUGAUCUGUGUAGCAUAUCGUCAUCAGUUUGAUUUAGUUAAUGAGAGUACUGGGGAGUCCUAUAGAUUGCAUCACGUUGAAACAAACAAGGUUAAUUUUAUUGCAGCUAUUGAUGUAUAUGAAGAUGGUGAAGCUGGUCUACUGUUGUGUUAUAACUAUGUUUGCCAAUACAGAAAGGUAUAUCCUUUCAAUGGAGGUUCUCCACUGAUCCAGCCAUCAGCUUAUGACUUCCACUUCAGCUGGAAUCAAGUUCCUUAUGCUGUUGUCUGUGCUUUCCCUUAUAUCCUUGCCUUCACUACUGAUUCCAUUGAGAUCCGAUUAGUGGUGAAUGGGAACUUAGUCCACACAACAGUUGUGCCUGAGCUUCAACUUGUAGCAUCAAGGUCAGAUAUUUAUUUUAAAGCUACUGCUGCAGUAAGUGGGUCAUCUGACAGAAGCUCUAAGGAAAUGAGUUCAAGGAAUUCUCCUCAAACACCAACAGCUUACGAAAUACCAGAAUGCCCUCUUUCUUCUUUAGAAGGUGAAGUUCCAUGCAAAAACCUGUACAAAAUUCCUCUCAGUAAUCUGGUUGGGCGAAGCAUUGAACGACCUCUGAAGUCACCUUUGGCUCCCAAGGUCAUCACUACUACAACAUCCAGUGGCAUUGCCUCUCCUCCAGUUACUCACUCGCUAUCCUUAUCUCGUAUGGAAAUUAAAGAAAUUGCAAGCAGAACGCGUAAAGAAUUGCUGGGCCUCUUGGAUGAGCCUUUACCCAAGACAGAAGGUGCACAGAAGGAAAGAAAGGUUCCUCGAAGACAGUCAGACCGCAAGCAGGGAGCAGUAAGAUCAACUAGCAGUGACAGGAUAAUCUCAAGCUCUUUUGAAAUCUAUUCUGAAGGACAUCAUCUUUCCACUAGUUCAGAUCCUGAUAAUUUAGCAAACAGGGAGGAGAGCUCACCAUCUAACUAUCCAUUUCAGCUGAUUUCUUUAUAUGAUGAAGACAUCAUUGACCUGAAGUGAAGACAGUUUUACCGUUCUUCCUUACUUCACAAUUUCUUACAACUCUUUGAGCUCUAUGGGAAUGUCACAAACACUGCUUCUAGUGGUAAAAUAUGGCUGGAAGUAUUGGUGAUUAAUCUUUAUUGAACCCAUGUUGUUCUGGCUAGCUCAGCCCGAUUUGGUGAUGCUUAUAUCUUUGACAUAGGAAUGUUGUCUUUUCUCAGUUACUGACCCAUUACGUUUUGUGGCAUUCUAACAGUAGGUAAUCAUUGAGAGAUUUAGGCUGAAACCGAAGUAAAUAAAAAGUAUUACUUGUUCCAAGCAUUUUAUAAUUUAAAGAACCUGAAUGACAUUCAGCUGAGUUAAAUAGCUGUUACUACUAUAAUGAAUUGUUUUACAGCAGCGUAUGUCAUGUGGAAGAGGAAUUUUAUAAUAUAAAUCACUCCUUUUGGUUUUACAGUCUUUAAAAAACAAACAAAACAAAACAAAACAAAAACAACAAAAAAGAAAAGGCUUGCAGGCAAGGUCUUUCCAAACAGUGCAGUCUGUCCUUGAAAUGAUGCAGCUGUGGUACAUUUACUGAAGAAUCAUGGAUAUUCUGUAAAGAUCAGGUAAGAUACGAAGAUGCUGCUUUCUUUUUUCUUUUUCUGUCCAUGCGCAUUUUUUAGAGAAGCUCCAAAACUGUCUUGGCAUUAAGAAUCCUUGAGCAGGGAGACUUUUUAUAGAAAACACAAGCUUUUACAAUAUUCCUUAAGAAUUGGAAGUAAAAAAAAAAAAAAAAAAAAAAUCAAAACCAAAUGUAUUUCUCCAUCUGCUGGAAAACUUACUGUAGUGCACCUAGAGAUUUUGCCCAUUACAAGCAGAAGAGGCAACCCGAUUUUCUGAUGACACCAAGAUUCCUAUGCAGGCAUCAGCAUUAGCUGUUGUCUGCUCUUGCACCAACAGUGUAAGUUACUGUUCCAGAUAGUAUUUUUCUAACUGGAUCCAGACUGAAGUUUCACUGCUAAGAAGCUAGUUUUCUAUGAUGAAAUAAUAAUCUUGGGUCUUUUGUUAUGUUAAAUGACAGGGUUUUGUAUUUAAAGCUUGAUUAUUUUUCAGCCCUUUCUUCUAUGCCAAAAAUCAAUUGUAAACACUAUCUUGAAAGGGUUUUGUUUUGUUUGUUUGUUUGGUGUGUUUGGUUUUUUUUCAUGAAAGCUUAAUGCUUCCAGGCUUCUUACAUAAGAUUUUAGCUUUAUUAGUAUUUGUUGUUCUGUGUGUAAAAAUACUUCUCUAUCCUUGAUUUUAUUUUGUAAUACCAUUCAUGUGUCAUGAUUUCACUUGCUGCCCAAGCAUGACUGUGUGGAGAUAUGUGCCUUUUGCUUUGGUCUGUCUGAAUGUAAAUGUGGUUUUGAAAAGUAUUUUUUGCCCAGUUCAUUGUAUAUAAUGGCUUAAUUGCUCCACCUAAGAAAAUAUGCAAGGCCUUAUCUGAAAAGAUCAUUUUGUACUCUCAGCUGCUGUGGCUGAUUAAAGAAAGAAGCAAUAUUUUCAAGAGUAAUUAAUCUAGGAGCAGAAACAGCAUUAGCCAGUGUGGGGUAUUAUUAUUACUGUUGUCGUUGUUAUUGUUCAAUACUUUUGCACCUGUAGAUGUUUGAGGUAAACACACUUAGAAGCUUAAUAAGCACCUAUAAGGAAGUGCUAGCUAAGUCUUUGCAAGAUCUUGUAAUUCUUUCGGAAUGUUAUUUUCAAAGAUUGUGUUAAUUUACCCCUGACCUGUUUCUCUGGGCAGGUAAGGUUUAAAAAAAAUCAAUCUGAUAUAGUAUCACGUGGUGCUUAUCCUCCUGGAAGUUGUAAACACUUCUGUGGACUUAUCUAAUCCACUCUAGGGAGCACUGCUUGCACUUAAGAUACUUUGAGAAAGUGCCACCCUUCUUGAUAAAUUGAUUUCUUUAUGUAGGAUUUCAUUUCUGUUGUGUGGGUGUGUUUGAAGACUGUACCAGUGUGUGGCAAAAUCGGGACUUUAGUUAAAACACAAUUUUAACUGGAAAUAUGAGAUUUUAAAAAUAUUGCAGAUGUUCACCUGUGCCAUUCUAGCAUGAUUUAACAUAACUAAACCAACAGCAGUUGAAGCAAUAUACGGAGAUUUUAAAACUUGUUUUGAAGAAUGUGAACAAACACGUAUUUAGGUAUCCUGAAGACAAGCCUUAGAGAUGGAGCAUGAGGGAGAUCAAGAAGAAUGAGGAAGGCUUGACAGAGAGCUUGACCACUGGCUGUGAUGGUAAUCAGGAAGCAUACAGAUGUGGCAUGUGUCGUAGCAAAGACAUGAAUGUAGAAAGAGGAGCUAUGAAGCAAGAGUUACAUUCUUUAAUGACGCCUCCUGCAAUGGCUAUAGAGCACUGCUGUAACCUAAGAGAGAGUGUGUGGGUGUGUGAACCUUUGAAGGCGUGCCUGCAAUCACAGCAUUGAUGACAUCUAACAAAUACUAACAAGCAGCAAAAGGACUGCAAGGAGUACAGACUAAGUUUGUUUGCUUAUGUUAGACAAAACUAGAUCAGACUAGGUUCCCGGUACUUAACUACAACAGGAUGUUGGUGUAGCUUCCCUCCCAUCUCACAUCUGAAUUUUGUGCUACAGCUUGACUUAAUAGAUCAAGUGCAAGCUGUUACACAGGUUGCAAUGGGAACUACCAGACCUAGGAGACUAUUACUCACAUAGGACAGGAAGGAUCCAAACUCUGGAAAAUAAUUACUUGUCUUCAUUCUUAAUGUAUGCAGUAAGUGCCUUAACAAGCCUUCUGCUUCUUGAGUUUUUGCUUCUGUAAUUAAUCACUGUGUCUUGCAGAGAUGUAGGGAUAAUAGUAGAUUUAACAUAAGAAGUUGACAGGGUUCGGGCAACAUCAUUUUGGUUUAUAUGGACCUAGAGAUGGUAACUGAGGCUUAAGUAUCCAUGUAUAUCUAGUAACAGCAGCCCAAAGUAGAAGGCAGAGACCAUAGUAAUAAUGUUCCAGUUCUGCCUGACAUGAGCCACAAGAAACAAAUUCUGUGAAGGUCUUUAUCAUAUUUGUUGUAUUAAAAGACAAAGUAUCACACAAUAAUGUGAAAUUUGGUGGCACAACUGGACAAAUAUCCACUCUCCGAGAUGCCAUGAAUUACAUGUCUCUGAUGAGUAGGCAUCCUCUGAACUAGCUAUUGUUUCUCUCAAAAUAUUGUCUUAGAUCUGUACCAUACAGACUGCUAAUUAAAAUCAAAACAAAAGCCACCUGGUGUUAUUGCUACAGAAGGUCCUGAGCAUUGUUUAUCAAGGGCAAGGUUUUUAUGUCUAUGCAACAUCUACAUUGGACUGGCAUUGAUGGCAAGGCUUGUUGGAAGGCUACUGGGAGAAGCAGCAGCUAUAUUGUUGAUCACUCCAGACUUAAAGCCAUGUUGUUUCCCUUCAGCUUUUCUGGCAUGUGCAUGCAUCUACUCAUUGAGUGGUAGAAAUUAGUCAGGGACAAAUUGUAGCCAUGUCCACCAUAAGCAUAACCCUUCCUACUUUCACUUCUUAUGUUAAAGCUGCUUUUAGCCUGCAUACUUGGUGUUGGCUGACUGUCUCAUGCAUGAAAGAAAAAGAUAAUCUUUGACUCUACAGAUGUGUAAGAUAGGCGUUGCUCUGAGAGAAAUAAAAAAAAAAAAAAGAAAAAAAUCUUGCUUCAAGAUGGAUGGAAGAAAUUCUUUCUGUGAAGAAUUGUUACCAAGUUGGACACUUAUUAUCAAGCUAAGCUCAACUGAAGGUCUGUUCUCGACUCUUGUAACAGAAAAAUUACUGCAAGAAGUGUUUUCUGUCCCAGCACUUGGUUUUGUUGGAGGAGAUGGGGCUCUUGACCCCUUUGUCUGAUGGUAUUGUCACCACUCCAGUACUGUGCCUUAGUCUGACUAAAUUACAGGAAGAUUGUACUGACAGUUAAUUUACAAUGCACUUGUGCCUCCUCAUCAGCAUGGGUAAUGAUGCAUGGAACCACAGAGUAGUUGAGGUUGGAAGGGACUGCUACAGAUCAUCUAGUCUGGUGCCCACACCAGUGCACAUCGGCGACCGGUUGUUCAGUGCCAUGUUGUUGCAAUUUGCAUCUGUUAAAAUGGGGAUGCAACAUUCUGAGCUACUCAUUGUUGUCCUGCAUUUGCAUUACAGCGUGCAUAUAAACAAGGUCAUGGGUUUGAUGUAUGACUGGAACUCAAAAGCCCCAAGACAAACAUACCAAAAGUUAAUUCUUGCACACAUGUGCACACACAUGAUGUGCAGCUCUUGGGGCUGAGGCUUUUGACAAGCCAUUCCCAAGGUCUAUAUAGUUUGGGCUUUAGGAACAGUUACAGCCUAACAGCUUGACAGGAACAAAAGGCUUCCAAGGUGAGAUAAAGACCCACAUGCAAUUUGAAAGGGCUAGGUGCUAUUCAAGGAAGAGAGAGAUCUGGUAUCUAGGGUGAAUGGAUGUACAUACCUUCACUUUCCUGAGCAAGUAGGGUCUGUUCUUAUUACAGUGCUCUUCUGGUUCUGGGGCUAGGGUGGGUUUUGUUUUGGUUGGCUUGGUUUCUUGGGGUUUAGGGUUGGGGGCGAUUUUUGUUUGGAGUUUGAUGGGGUUUUUCAUAUUCAUAACUUACAGGAUGCAAAUGACACCCAGAACGAAUAGCAGGUUUUCUGCCUUCAGCUGACUUCCCAUACAUGUGCAAACAUUUGCAACUGACAGGUAGAUACAAAUUUAAAUAAAUACAUUAUUUAUAUAUAUAUAUCUAUUUUAAUAUUAGGCCAGUAAACCAAAUAUAUAUUUAAACAGCUCUUAAUAGGGCAGGGGACAGGCAGCACCCACACGAAGAGUAAUACUACAACAUAACAAGGUUGCUGCUCCUGACAUUUACUUUCUGCCAUUCUACGGAUAUUUGCCUAAGUCAGGGAUUCGGGUUUGUGCAUGCUUGCCUAAAGAUGUGGAUUUAUAACUUUGGCUUGCAGAUGCAGCAGCUUUCUCAGAGCUGUUGGCUUAGUCUGCAUGUAAGAUACAUAUUCCUUUGGGUUUUGGAUUUGUUUUUUUGAUGUAUAUACAUAUAUAUGUAUAUACAUACAUAUGUAUAUAUUUGUAUUUUCUACCACAAACUUUAAGGGAUUAAAAGUCCUAAGCAUACAAGGGGGCAGGAGGAAAUCCCAUCUGCAAGUGAUAAGGUAUUUUAGAAUCAUAUUUGUUGCGUUCUGUUAUGAAAACAAGUACCAUACUAUUGUCAUUAUUAACACUUUGGCUUAUAUGCACAGUGCUUGCUAAUUCUGUUAAAGCAGUGUUUUCUCAGAUAGGCUUAGCCUGAGAACAUAAUAGUAACAACAUGGGAAAGCUCUUAUGACAGAAUGCAGCAAACAUCCGUACUUGCAUGCAGGCUGGGAAGUAUUUUUUCUCUUUUGAGCACAGCAGCUUCACCAGCCUGUAUACUGCCUAGCUGCUUUAUUGCUGUGGCUGACCUGCAGCUGACUGACUCCUGUUUGCUACUGGGAAUCAUACAUUAGCACAUGAUUUGAGGAGAAAAUUUAAGAUAUUAUUUUCUGCAUAUUUGUUUAGGGCUCUAGUAGGCAGUUAGCUGGUUGAAUGGAAAAUGUUAUGUCUCCAAAGGUUUCUGCAAAAUGUGUUGUCAACUUGGAAUGUCAGUUUUAACUAAGUCUUUGAAUGUUAGCAGACUGCUUUGUAAUUUAAUUAUUGCAUAUUAAGACUGUUGCUACAUUUGUGAUCAAAAACUUUAUCUACCGCUUGUCUUAAAUGCUGAUGUAUUACCAUUGUUUUCAGUGUCAUGUGACAGUAUGUAUGGUUUGUGUUUUAGAUGUGACAUCCAAAUAGAAACAGUCCUAUCACAGCUGGAACAGUUUUAAGUGCCAUUUAUCACCUUUGUGAAGGAGUAAGAGAUGAUUUAUUCCUUCAUAUGUAAUAAACCAUAAAUUUGAUCUCACUUCUUUCUUUCACACAUGUAGAACUAAGUGCUUUCCUAAAUUUUGUUCCAUCAGACAAGAAAUUAAAAAGACAGGCAGAAGUACACUAUUACAGACAGCUCUGGAUCACUGUUCCCAUUUGAGUUCUCUAGAAAUUUUGUUUCAGAGAUGUCACUAAGUGCUGUAUUGUACCUGUGAGACUGAUGUUUCAUCUAAGUAUUACCCACCUUUGACAAGAAAUAUUAUCCAGGACUCAUUUGUGUUCCGGGCACCUUUUAGACUUUCAGAGACCUACUCCAGUUAGAGAUCUUCAGCUUUUAAAUCAACGCUACAAAAGAGUUUUCUCCUUUUCUGGCCAAGAGUAUAGUCUUACUGUUUCCAAGACCUUGUAAUUUCUUUUGAAAAAGCAACGUUCUUUCCUGAAUUCUAAAAUACGUUCUCCUAAGAGUUAUCACCCUUCUUGUGAUUUAAAGGCAUUCCUAGCCAACUUGAUAGCAAUAGGAAAAAUAAUGCACAUGGAAACCAACCAU